UCGCCACUGGGGGUUGCCACCCUCCCCUCAAGCAUCCUCGAGCACGUUUUCCUGGACCUUUACAACGACUACUCGAACUCCUAUCAAGACUUCGGCCACGGAUUUCACGCGUCCUGGGUUCCCGUCUCAUGGGUGUGCCGCCACUGGCGCGCCACUGCGCUCACCACAUCCGAGCUCUGGCACCGCAUCGACUUCCAGGACCAGCGCGACCCCGCGUCCAUCGCCCCCUUCCUCGAGCGCGCCGGUGCCCGCGACAACCUCUGCGUCUCCUUCAGCGGGUCCGACCUGGACAUCUCUGCUGCAUGCGCCGCCGUGCUCCCCUUCGCCCCCCGCACCUCGUACUUCGCCGCCAUCUUCGAGCCCGCCCACGCGCCCGCCGUGCUCGCCGUGCUCGCCGCUCUCGGACCGCCGCUCAAGUCGCUGCAGGUCUUCGCGACCGGGCCGGUGCUGGGGCGCGAGCUCCGCGUCGACGCGGCGCGCACCCCGCGGCUGGAAACGCUCGAGGUCGAGCACGUCGUGCUGCGUGUGGACGGCACCCUGCACGCCCUCUCGGAGCUGUCCCUCGCGCAGCUCUGGGGAGUCGGUGCGCCGGCGCUGGACAGCGCGUGGCUGCUGGGGCUGCUGAGAGCGUGCCCGAACUUGCGCGAGCUGUACGUGGACAGCGCGCUCCCGGGGGUGCACCUCGACGCUAGCGACCCGAGGAUGGCGAGGGUGGAGCUCAAGGAGCUGGAGGAGAUCCGGAUCGACGACUUUGCGCUGGACAUCCAACACGUCCUGCGGCACCUGGCUGUGCCCGAGACGUGCACGUUCGAUAUCGUCGUCCGGUACGACGAGGACACCGAAGGCAUCGAAUGUGGCAGCAAAGACGACGAUAGCCUUCGAACCAAGGUCACUCCGCCCAUGGACGCAUUUCCAGAGAACCGGUGGGAGCUCUUUCCGGCGCUCGCCACCGCCGAGCACGUCGAGGUGCGCCUCGGCGCGCGGGGUCGUCUCCCCGAAGCACAGAUCGCGGUCGGCUACUGGACGAUCAACAUCCCAAAGCCCAUGUGGGCGGUCCCCAAGUCUCAAGCGGACGAAGAGGACGACGACAAAAAGUCGACGGUCGACCGUCCCGCGCUCGCCAUCCACGUCUUACUCGGCCUCCCUGCCCUCGCGAACCCGCGCACCCUCACGUUCCUCUCGCUGCACCUCUCCCGCGCGAUCCCCGCACUGCCCAAGACCACCUGGCUGGGCGUGUUCCGCGAGUUCGGCCGCGUGCGCGCGCUCACGCUCGGCGGCUUCCGCGCGUUCGGCGACGUGAUGGAGGUCUUCGUCGGGAACCCGGGCGCACGGCUGCUGCCGGCGCUCCUGCAGCUCACCGCGUGCGUCGCGGUGGAUUCGCGCGAGGGCGCGAACGUGCGGUACCUGCUGGGCGCGAACAUGUUCGCGGCGUGGCUGGAGCAGCGGAAGGAACUGAGGCUGGCGCCGGUCGGGUUGGUGGUUGAGGUGCCAGAUCGGCGGCUGAACGGGGCGACGGUGAAGUUCGCGAGCGCGUUGGUCGCGUACAUGGCGGUCAGAGGGUGGUCGCAGCGUGUGCAUAAGGAGGAGUGUCCGACGUGCCACGGGGUGUGUGUAGAUGAGUAG